AAAUAACUGAAGAGGAGUGAGAAUGAGCAAAAUAGCUCCAUAAUCCAAUUUUUUUCUUUUCAAAUUUGUUUUAAAUUGGGUAAAGUAGGGUUUUAAUUUAUCACUUUCUCUUCACCUGUGUACACUUCUGAGUUAUUUUCCACAAACCUUAGUAUUCUCUUUGUUGUUUUUAAAACCUAGAUUUUGUUUUAUUUUACAAAAUCUUGGUUAUUUUGUUUGAAAAUUGGGCAAAGAGAAACGUGUGACAUUUUGGGGGGAUUGAAGAAAUUGAGGAAAUUCGAUUCACGGGUCAAUGGGCAUGAUGGUUGAUCCGGAGAGAGUGAUAUUCGAUAUAAGCUCUGACGAAGAAGUGGGCGGCGACGGCGGAGGGAGCGAUGACUAUUCGUGGAUAAUGGAGCUUUUGGAUGAAGGGGAUGGACGCAAAAAGGACGAUUCUUCUGACGAUGUGGUGAUAGUGGGGGAAGUUAUUAUGAACCCAUCGAAGCAAAAUUUGAAGUCUGUAAGUAAUGCUACUGCUAAGCCUGACGAUGAUGACGAUGAUGAUUGUGUGGUUUUGGAGGAAGACCCAGAUAAGCCUGUUGAAGUUGAGAACGAGAGAGGUGGUGAUGAUUCUGAUGAUUUGCUUGUUGUUAGCGAAAAGGGUCAGAUUGCCUGCAGAGAUUAUCCACAUCCGCGACAUCUUUGUGCUAAAUUUCCCUUUGGUUCUACUCCACAUGAAAGGCACUGUGAUCAGUGCCAUUGUUACGUUUGUGACACACUUGCUCCAUGUGUCUACUGGUGCACUGGUGUUGCCCAUUGUCAUGCUACUGACAAGGAGAAGUAUUGGAAAUCACAGAGACAAAGCACAAGGAAAAUUGAUAUAGCACUUUUAUCAGUCCCUCCAGGCCCUAAUACUUCAGUAUCUGUUCACCCACCUGUAUCUAACCAAGCUCCAGGUUUGGUUUGGAGAUCACCUAAUUAUCCGCCACAGAACCAAAGAAUUAGACAAGCCCCAAUUCGUCCUUGUUCUAUGUCAAGCAGUCCUGGGUUACCGAAUUUAGCGAGACAGCAACUUACUGAUCUUAGAGACAAAUUUCAUAGCCAUGUUGUCUCCCAACAGUUGCGCAAUGCAAGCAUUAACGUUAGUCCAAGGGACAAAAGGCACAAUGUUAGUCACACGGGUCCCCAGUUUUUAACUAUCCGAACAGCGUUCAAAAGGGCAGGGUCAUCUGGACAGGCUUUGGCAACUGGUAGAUCGGGGUAUAAUUCAUCCAGUGCUAGUUCUGUGCCUCAAUUUGGUGGAACUCAUUCUUCAGUGGCUAGGUGGCAAGAGCAUUAUGGCAGGGUGCCUGUAGGCUCGAAUAAAUAUCUUGCUUCCUCCCAGCCCAAUGCUGGUAUACUUGGUGCUAGUUCUGUUUCUUGCCAACGUCAACUAAAUCAACUACAUAAGCAGCCUGGUCUUGCACGUGCCUCUGCAAAUUAUGUACCAACGGAACCAGAGAUACGCUCUCAGCCCAAUGCUGAGAUACGUGGUGCUAAUGCUGUUUCUUCCCAACAUCGAGUACAUGGGCAGCCUGCUCUGGUGGGUGUAUCUGCAAAUUAUGCACCAAUGGAGCCUGCGAUACCGUCUCAGCCCAGUGCUGGCAUAGCUGGUGCUAAUCCUGUUUUUGUCCAACCUCAAUUACAUAGGCAGCCUAGUCUUGUGGGUGUAUCUGCAAAUUAUGCACUGAUGGAACCUGAGAUAUCCUCCCAGCCCAGUGCUGGCAUGCUUGGUGCUAAUGCUGUUUUAUUCCAUCCUCAAUUACCUAGGCAGUCUAGGUUUGUGGAUGCAUCUGCAAAUUAUGCACCAAUGGAACCUCAGAUACCCUCUCAGCCACAAGUUAGUGUAUAUGCAAAUUCGGCGUCUUCGGAAGCUCCAGCAUUCUCUCUACCCUAUGCUAAUUCAUCACCUUCUCAACAUCACUUAUCUACACUUCCUAGUGUUCUAAGUGAAUUUGAAAGUCUUAUUUCAUCUGAAAAUGCAGUAUCCUCCCAGUCAAAGGUGGGUAAUAUGUACAAUAACCCAUUAUCAUCUGAAGCCCAAAUGUUCUCUCAACCGUAUGCAGCCGGAAACUCUACUAACAAUUUGCCUCAGCAAUCUUCGGUGUCCCAGUUGUCCAAUCAGCCAGAUGAUGGAACCUCAUCUAGAAGUUCAAUCCCCUGCAAUGGCCAUUUGCCUUCCCCUGCUUGGACAGGAAGCGCCUCCGGAAGCAGGCACGAGAACACUUCUGCUUGCCAACCUAAACUAUGUAGACAGCAAAUUUCAUCAUCUGAUAGCCAAAGUACUUCCCAACAUGGAUAUCAAGGCGAAAAUGCUUUUGUUCCAAGUUUCGAAGAUUUUGACUUUGGUUGGGAAACACAUGUUAGCCAAACUAACAAUUUGGGUAAGGUAUAUAAUCCUAACCCUGGAAAGUCAACGGAGGUAAGCAGAUUUUCUCAGUUAAUUGAAAGCACACCCGAUUUGGACGUUCAGUAUGAUGAUUGAUUAUUUUCUGGACCUUCAGAGGCACCAGUUUCCACAGGAUUCAACAUAUUGUCCCCUGAAGCUCCUCCUGUAGAUUCUGGAUUCUUUGUUGACUUUAAAAUGUUGGAGGAAUUCUUGAUGAAACAUGGCCUUUUCGUUCCUUCAAAGUUUUUUGAAAACAAAGUUAGGAAUGCUUCUCCCCUCUAAGGGUAGAAGAGUACAUAUGGUUUAAAGAGGUAGGGUUAACGGGUUAAAUAUUCUUUUGGUGUAAACUGCUUUGCAUCUGAGAGACCAAUUCCAUUCACCUGUACAUGGUAGUACUAAUUUCAUAUGUAAAGCUAUAUUAAUAGCCAGAUGUUUUCACCAAAAACCGACUCCAAUGAAGAGAUGAUGUACAAUUGUCAAUUUUUAUGGAUAUCAGUGCUUGGCUUAGACCUGA